AUGGUGAUCGAAAAGGCAACGGAUCAGAUUAACUCAGGAAUUCGAGAUUCUGCUGACAGUGCAGUCCACAAGGCCCAGGAGAGGCUCUCCACGCUGGAGCUGGAAGCGACGUCUCGCGUCCAGAGCGAGUGCGAGCGACUGCUGCGCGACUUCCAGGAGGAGUGCGACCAGAGGCUCCAGCUGGACCAGCAGCUGGAGGAGGACCGCAAGCGCGAGAUGGAGGAGCGGAAGCAGCGCCUGAAGAACCUGAUCGAGAACAUCUUCGCGGACGAGGAGAGCGUGUCCACGGAGAACAUGGCGGAGGCGCUGCUGGAGGAGGAGGAGGCGGAGCUGGAGCGCCGGCUGUCGCUGCGGGGCUCGCAGCGGGGGCGGCGCCGCCCCCACUCCCAGCUGGAGUCCUCCCUGGAGGGCACCGAGCGCGCCGAGUCCUGGGCGCUCGUCCAGGACAGCCCAGCCACUGCGGCCCACGAAGACGCCCCGGCAGCCCAGCCAGCCAGCCCACAGAGGCCACAGCAGCCUCCUCCACUUCCACCGAAGCCGCCUGUGGCCAAAGAAGACAGAGACAAGGCCAAAGAGGCGGAUCAGAAGAAAGAGAAGAAGAAGGAGAAGAAAGAGAAAAAAGACAAGCAGUCGUCGACGUCCUCGUCCUCGUCGUCGAGCUCUUCGGAGGGCGAGGAGUCUGGGAAGGCCCUGGAGAGGGCCGGCGUGGGCCGCGGCACGUGGCAGCUGGUGGGCGGCGCCGGACACGCCGCCCUCAGCCUGAGGGCCGCCGGGAGGGCCGCCUCCGGGGGGCCGGACGCACCUCCAGCACCACCGGGGAUCACGCGUCCAAUCAGCUACGUGCCCGGUCGGACAGACGGCGACGACAAGGAAGACGACGGCGCCAUCUUCGUCUGA